UUUUCUCUCUCUCUGUAUCUCUCUCUCUUUCUCGCUGGCUCCUCUUAUUUCAGUUUACGCGUGGAUAUGAAUCCUUAAAUCCGAAUUAAUUAAUUGUUAGGGAAAUUCAAAUAAACAUUUCAAUUAAAAAAAAAUUAGGGCUUCAUCAUUGUUGAUGUUUCCUUUUAAUCAAACCGCAAACCCCUUUCGUAAACGCAUUGCCUCUUUUGCAGUCCACGCAAAGUUACUCGGUUUUUUGCAGUUUGCUUAGGUUAAUCUCAUUUUUCAGUUUUUGGAAAAUACUUAACCAAGUUUCACAAGUUUGAGGGAAAAAAAAAAAUUUGGCUUUGUUCGGCACAAGUCUAUCCGGACAAACGAUGAAGAUUAUUUGCGUAAAAUUGGCGUAAUGAAAUAUCGGAGUUUUGUCGAUAGAGUGGAAUAGAGAUGAACAUAUCUGCUCUGUUGACCUCUGCCGGUAUAAAUACAGCGGUAUGUGCGGUGCUUUUUUCUCUGUACUCGGUUCUAAGGAAACAACCAAGUCUAGUGAGCGUAUACUUUGGACAGAAGCUUUCACAAGUACACUCGAAACGUAACGACCCGUUUUGGUUUGGGAGGCUUAUUCCUUCUCCUAGUUGGAUUGUCAAGGCAUGGGAAGCCUCCGAAGACGAAUUAUACCUCACUGGGGGUGUCGAUUCUGUCGUAUUUCUCCGUGCAGUUGUCUUCAGCAUCAGAGUAUUCACUGUUGCUGCUAUCGUAUGCUUGUUUCUUGUUCUUCCACUUAAUUAUUUUGGUAAAGAAAUGGAGCACAAGCAAAUUCCAGAGGAACAAUUGACCGUUUUCACCAUUGGCAACGUCGAGGAAGGCUCAAGAUGGCUUUGGGCACAUUGUCUUGCAUUAUACAUCAUAUCUUGCUGCUCUUGUCUCCUCCUUUACUUUGAAUACAAGAACAUCACGAAAAUGAGAUUGACGCAUAUAACUGCAUCUCAUUCGUACCCAAGUCACUUUACAGUAAUUGUUCGUGCAAUUCCUUGGGCCGAGGAAGAAUCAUAUAACGACACUCUGACCAAAUUCUUUACGGAUUACUACGCAUCGAGCUAUUUAUCAAACCAAAUGGUUUAUCAGUCGGGAGCCGUCCAGAAAUUGAUGAGUGAUGCUGAGAAGAUGUAUAAGAUGAUAAAGUCACCCAACAUGGAGAAACGCUGCGUACCACGAUUUAUGAGAUGUGGUUUUUGUGGUGGCACUGGAGCAACAUCUUUUAAGAUCCUCUCCAACGAGCCUAAGAUUUCCACAAGGGAUAGCUGCUUUGAUGGUUCCGAUUUGCGGAAAAAGGAGUGUGGAGCUGCGUUGGUUUUCUUCAGGACUCGUUAUGCUGCGUUGGUUGCUUCAGAGGCACUUCAAUCACCGAAUCCAAUGUCGUGGGUCACCGACUCUGCUCCCGAACCGUGUGACAUUUUCUGGUCAAACUUAUCCGUGCCGUACCGACUCCUCUGGAUUCGCAGGAUUGCUGUUAUUGUCGCCUCUAUAUUUUUUGUGAUUUUCUUCCUUAUUCCUGUCGUCUUCACACAAAGUCUCGUUCAUCUUGAUAAACUUACGAAGAUAUUUCCAUUUCUCAAGGAUAUUAUAAAGAGGAAAGUUAUGGAACAGCUGAUCAGUGGAUAUCUACCGAGUGUUGUAUUCAUUAUCUUUCUAUAUAUCGUCCCGCCUUUGAUGAUGUUAUUCUCUACAUUGGAGGGAGCCAUAUCUCGUAGCCAAAGGAAAAGAAGUACAUGCGUCAAAGUCGUAUAUUUCGUCAUCUGGAACGUAUUCUUUGCAAAUAUUCUAACGGAGGCCGCUAUUGAUCAUUAUCAAGUUUCGAUCACAAAGUUGGGGGACGCAAAACAUAUCCCGAAUUUGCUUGCCAAAGCAGUGCCAGCAACUGCCACAUUCUUUAUGACUUACGUACUGACAUCGGGCUGGGCGAGCUUAUCGGUCGAACUCAUUCAGCCAUUCCCCCUUGUCUGCAACUUGUUCUACAGAUUCAUUCUCCGGAACAAAGACGAUUCAUCUUACGGGACAUAUACUUUUCCGUACCACACAGAAGUUCCGAGAGUCCUUCUGUUUGGUCUACUCGGAUUCACUUGUUCCAUCUUAGCCCCUCUCAUAUUGCCCUUCCUCCUCAUUUACUUUGUCCUUGCCUUUCUUGUUUAUCGCAAUCAGAUACUCAACGUGUACGUAACAGAGUACGACAGUGGGGGGCUGUAUUGGCCUAUCGUGCACAACACAACGAUAUUCUCUUUGGUGCUGACCCAAAUAAUAGCUUUGGGGGUUUUCGGAAUCAAGGAAUCGCCUAUUGCGUCGGGCUUCACUUUUCCUCUAAUCAUUUUUACUCUCCUUUUCCAUGAGUAUUGCAGGCAAAGAUUUCACCCCAUCUUCGUAAAAACACCUGCACAGAUUGUUAUUGAAAUGGACCGUAAAGACGAGAAUUGUGGGAGAAUAGAUGAAAUCCAUAUGCAACUGCAAUCGGCUUAUUGUCAGUUCAGAUCAAAGUCCCACAAUCUGCAUAAAAGUACAGAACAUAACAACAAGAUUGAGUCUGUUUUGGCUGACAGCAUCGAGACAGGUGAUAUUGUCACGCUCGAAGAUCUUGACGACAUUACACCAGCCGUUUUGGGAAAGAGAUCGAUUUAAGCACACCCUGAUGGAUUUACAUGAGGAACUAUAUAUAUGGGUCUGUUGGUAUGCCUAUAUACUAGUUUACGGUUUACAAAACGAAUUGGAGGUUAUGUUCCAAUAUUGGCCGAUCGAAAAACAUAUGAUGAACUUGUAAAACUUGCAAAGCCCCGUUUGCUGAAAUCUGUCCCGAAAUCAUUUUGCGAGUUCAGUUUUGUGGCAAAGAAAUUACCUCAAAAGAUCCAUAAAUGCUCGUUCAAAUUCAUUUACCGCAAUGUUUUUGAAUUCUAUGUUUAGCUUAAAGAAC